UAAUCACAGGUGUUAUUAUCAGGGCGUGCUUUGAAGGACUUCCUUCUUCAUUGUGUAAUCAUAGUAAAUAUUGCAAAUUAUGACAAUUACGUUCUGCUAUGAAAACUGUUGUUUCGUCAUAAACUUUUAACUGUACCGAGUUGGCAAGAUAAAUGAAAUACACAAAACUAAUUUGUUGGGUACAGUCUAUAAAGUAGAAGUUCUGUGCUAAUAUUUAGAUUAAGAGCUAUAGGCUAAUAUUUUGGACUUUUGUCGAUGUUGAAGAAUUGAAUAUAUUAUUGUUGCAUAAAAAAAGUCAGCGUUAGUUAUGGAUAAACUAACAGUGGUCUCAGGAACUUUAUUUUUGGCAGCUGAUAUGUUUGCUCUAGUGGGUCUUGCUAUGCCAGACUGGAUUAUUACUGAUGUCGGAGGGGAAACAAGAUUAGGUUUAUUAUGGUCAUGUAUGACUUUAUACAACAGACCUCAAAUUUGUUACAAACCCGAUUUAAAACCAGAAUGGUGGAUGGCUUUGAUUUGUAUAAUAAUUGGUUGUGCAUUAAUUACAACCACUGUUAUACUUUUGAUCAGUUCUCACUGGGAUAGAAAUGUAAUACCUUACGCUCGAUGGGUCGGAUUUACUGCCAUGGUAUUGUUUUGCCUGGCAGCUGUAAUAUUUCCCAUGGGAUUUAAUAUGGAUGAAAUAGGUGGACAACCUUAUCAAUUGCCUAAUUCACACCAAGUUGGGAUUUCUUACAUAUUAUUUGUUUUAGCUCUCUGGAUAACUGUAAUUUCUGAGCUAUUUGCUGGUAAAGUGUGUUUACCACAAUUUUAGCAUCUUCUGACAAAUUUUUUUUUCUUUUCCCUAUUGUUGAGUAUUUUAUGUAUUCCUUACAUAUAUAGGCGUGACAUUCCAAGACUCGAAGAACUCUUGGAACGUUUCAGGCUAUAAUUUUAUUUUAAUUGUUGAGUUUAUAAAAUUUGUCAGAAACAUCAGUAUUUUCAUAUAAGUAGGUUUUAAGUUACAUUCAUUUUUUUAAAGUCAUUCAAAA